UCCGAGAAACAUGAACGAAUUGAGGUCUUCCUAAAGAAUGAAGCGUUUCUCACUAAAAAAAGAUACAGCUAUUCAGACAUUAAGAAAAUGACGAUCUCUUUCAAGUAUAAACUUGGACAGGGAGGAUAUGGUGUCGUCUAUAAGGGAAAGUUACAGAAUGGUAUUCAGGUGGCAGUGAAGGUUCUAAAUGAUUCAAAAGGUAACAGUGAAGAAUUUAUUAAUGAGGUUGCAAGUAUUAGUAAAACUUCACAUGUUAAUGUUGUCACUCUUCUAGGUUUCUGUUUUGAUGGUAGCAAAAGAGCUCUCAUCUACGAGUUCAUGUUUAAUGGAUCAGUUGAAAAGUUCAUAUAUAACCGAACUUCCUCAAAACAAUGUCAAUUGGGUUGGGAAAUGUUAUAUCAAAUUGUAAUUGGCAUUACUAGAGGAUUAGAGUACUUACACCAUGGUUGUAACGCACGAAUUUUGCACUUUGACAUAAAGCCUCAUAACAUUCUUCUGGAUGAAGACUUCUGCCCCAAAAUAUCUGAUUUUGGCCUUUCUAAACUAUGUCCUAAGAAAGAAAGUAUCAUAUUGAUGUCGGGUGCAAGAGGAAUAGCUGGGUAUACAGCUCCAGAAGUAUUUUCCAGGACCUUUGGGGGGGUCUCUCAUAAGUCGGAUGUCUAUAGUUAUGGGAUGAUGGUCCUAGAAAUGGUCGAAGGAAGAAAGAAUAUUGAUGUUGAAGUAGAUCAUACAAGUGAAAUAUAUUUUUCACAUUGGAUAUACAAUCGUAUGGAGCUCGAUGAGGAUUUUGGACUUCAUGGAAUUAUGAAUGAAGAGGAAAAUGGAAGAGUCAAGAAGAUGAUAAUAGUGGGCUUAUGGUGCAUACAAAUUGACCCAUCAAAUCGACCAUCUAUGAACAAGGUGAUGGAAAUGUUAGAAGGGAGCCUUGAGUCCUUGCAAAUCCCACCCAAGCCUUUCUUGUCUUCUCCCCCAAGACCCCCUGCAGAUUCUUCAACCAUACAAAUAAUGUAG